AAACGUAUUGUUCAAGAACUUCUUAAACAAGGGAAUAUUGUGAUACCUCCAAAAAUUUGUUGGAAGUCUUCAAAGAUUAUCGAUACUUAUUAUAUCAUUGAUGACCGUCGUCGUGAUGAAAUUCCUGUUACGAUCACAUCUGCAAAGACGAAUCCCUCAAUUCUAGUGACUUUAUGA